AUGGCUGUUCUCAUUGACGCAGAGAGUUCUGGUAUGCCCGUGCUGCGGUGCUCACCCGAUUUCUUGAGUUUGUGUGGACCCAUAUGCGAGGGCCCAAAGCUGCUGCAGUGGGUCAUUAAUCGUGCCGACUUUAUGGGUUGGGCGGACACGGCCUACAACGAUCUGCUUGAUGCUCGUGAUGUAGACCUUGUGCAGGGUGAUGUUCUGGAUGCACAGCCAUUCCGAAUCCGCCUCAAGCUGCCUCACAUGGGCCCGAGAGUCCUCGAAGUAUCGGCGAACGCAAAGUUCAAAUUUCCAUCAUUCGAAGACCCACCAGAGGGUGACGAUGGCGGAGUGGCCAUUGCUCAAGGGAUCUUGUUGAUGCUGGAGGACGUCGUCUUCGACCGGGCCCUGGAUGGGUCGCAGGUGGAGGCCGCGCGGGCGCAUUCAUGCCAGCUGCGGCACGCGGAGCAGGCGCAGCAGGGGCUCAUGCAGGACGACCUCGACCCGCAUGGUGAGAUGGCCCCAGAGGCACACCGUUGCCACCGAGCUGCGCUGACGGCCACCGCUGUGGACGUCACUGCGCAGCCGCAGGCCCCCAAAGCUGAUCCUGCGGUGUUGGAGUGGGGUGAUGUGCAAGGCAGCGAUGCGGCCGCAAGGCCGGCGAGCAGCGUGGUGGACUUCCUGGCCCCGGUGGGCGGGCACCGCUUCGCCCAGAGGCAGGCAGGCGCCGGGGCCUCCGCCGCGGCGCUGCCCGAGCCGCUGCGGAAGUUCGAGGGCCUGGAGCUGUCCGAGGUGAGCAACUCUGCCAAGGUCGGACACUCGCGGCUCGGUCUGAGGAACGACGCCAACAACUGCUAUCAAGGGUUUGGAGCCGGCCAGGUGGAGAGUGGGUACAGGGAGGGAGGCAGGCAGGCAGGGAGCGGCUCGGCCAGCAGCCUGGUGGCCACGGGGGGCGGGCCGACGGAUGUCAACGUCGUGGUGCAGUCGCUGCUGCCGUGCAGCGCCCUCAUGUGGGUGCUGCGACGGUGCGACUCAGCAGACCGCCGUCGUCCAUUCUUAUCGUGUUUUGUAUCCCUCUGCAGGGAGUUUCACAUCCGGGGGCCGGAAGCACAUGGCGAGGUGCUGAACGUGCUCCUCGUCCCGCAGAUGAAGAGCAUCAUCUCCUCCUGGCAGAAGCUGGGCGCGCAGCAGGACGCCGGCGAGUUCCUCCUCUACGUGCUGAACGGUCUACACGAGGAGAGCAAAUGGGGCGAGGGCCUGCGCCAAACGCCGCUGCCGCCGAGCGCCGGGGACGACGUGGAGGAGGAGGCCGCUCUGGAAGCCGAGGAGGCUUCCGGCGCCGCCAGCGCGUGGGCGCACGUCGUGAAGACCAGCCGCAGGCAGGUCGAGGAGAGGUCCGCUGGCCUGCACGAAGAUUCGCCCAUCACGCGGAUCUUCGGCGGCCUCAUGCAGAGCUCCGUGCGGUCGAAGGGCGCCAAGGUGGACAGCAUCUCAUUGGAGCCCUUCAAUCAUCUCGACCUGCACGUCUCGGAUCCCAGUGUGAAGUCUGUGCGCGACGCGCUGGUCGCCUUCUUCAAGCCCGAGGAGGUGAACGACGGCCAGUCGACUCGCCAGCUCCACAUAAAAUCGUUGCCCAAGGCAUUGAUUCUGUGCUUGAAGCGCGCCACCUUCAACGCCAGCAAGGGCUGCGCUCAGAAGGUCAAGAAGUGCAUACAGUAUGAUCAAAAGCUGUCAUUUGACCGCAGUUGGUUCGCCGAUGCUGAUAGGCCACCACCAGAGUACUGUAUCAGCGCGCUGAUAUGCCACCACGGGGACUCCGUCAUCGGAGGUCACUACACUGCCUUCGUCCGCUACAAUGCGGACUGGUACCUCUACGACGACACGACCGUACAGAAGGUGGAGGGCCGGGAGGUGGCCGCGCAGCAGGGCACCGCCUACUUGCUGGUGUACCUGGCCAUCAGCUCCGUCGACAUGACGCCCUGA